CUUGAUCAAAUUCCGAAAGAGACGCCAUUCUUUCUUUCUUUACUGUAAUACUGAACGAAGUUGAACAGUCUUCUUUUCGUACGCCAGAUGUGUGGGUGUCUUUAAGAACGAGAGCAGAACUCCGGUCACAUGGUAGCGUCGCACGAUAUGCGCCCGGGUUCUACACUUCUGUCAGUGCCGUGCCGUGCCGCGACGCACAGCGUCGCGACGUACCGUAACGUCCUGUGUUGUGUUAAGUGUUUUCUUGUAAGCGGGUACCUUGACAGGUCUGUCGUGAGUCUUGUCACGUUGUAUUGGACCAAUGAAGAAUCUGAAGAUUUCAAAGUGAGGUUGGACUGUCAGUAAGAAGGAACCGGCGCAUCCUCCUCGAGACGCAGAAGGGCGCAAUGGCUGUCGACAAUCCGUCGUACUUCUCGCUGGCAGGCGGGGGUACGUCCUCUGGGGUGGUGACACCCUUACCAGGAUCAUCAGCCACUGGUUCUACGUCAGCGGUGAAUAAUACGACUUCCGGUUCCGUGUCUUCUCACUCGAGAGGACUUGCCUUCUUCUUUCGAAGGAGACCCGAUAGGAUGGGAGUGGCAUCUUCUGGUAGUACAGUGUCUACUUCCACCACGAGCACCCUGAUGCAUCACGAGAGUAACAGGAGCAGCGCAUCCGGUGCAUCGGCACCGUCCACGCCAACGGAAGAUUGCGCACUGAUGCUUCCGCAUAAUGUCAAUGGGAAUCACGGGAAUCAUGGUUCCGGUUGCCAGCGGAGAAGCUUUAGGAAUUUAUUUCGUUCGGUCAGCGCGAAUUCCGAAUCAGAGAGGACGCAGCAGAUCCUGAACGGAGAUCCCAGACCUUCGGAUGUAGCACCCCCGUCGCCUUAUCUACCUCACAGAUCUCAUUCGCAUUCGGAAAACGAUCGACGUCGACCCGGACGUCGGAAGGUUCUAAAAUCAGCUAGUGAACUACUCUCCAACGAUAUGGUAUAUUGCGGUCUACCUGGGGAAGAUCCUGGUGCUACUGCCGACGAUGAUUCAGAAUCCAACGAACCCAAUGAAGUAUUCCUGGGCGUUGAUGACGCUCGCUAUUACAAUUUAUCCGCCACCCUGCCAUCCGGUGCAACCCCCGGAUCUGCCGCUGCCGGCAGAAGGAGACACUCCAUCGGGACGUUCCUGGGCAAGGAUAGAAGUCUCACUAGGAGUCAGGGAGCUUCUGCCGAUAAGAAGCAUAAUCAGAAGCAACCUUUGGUACUGCGACAACCCACCGCUAUGGCGCCACCUGUGCCUACCGAGAUCGCCAUUAAAGAUGACAAGGCAAACAGGAACAGCGGGAGGUCGACGAGACGUAGAAGACAUAGAAGCGCCUCCAGUAAGGGUACUCGAGGUGGGUCCUCGGGUGUAGAUGUUACCGCGGCUGCUGAGGACGAUGUGAUCUUGGUUUCCAGCAAAGACAGCGAAGCUUCCAUUUUGUGGGUGGAUUACUUGACUGCCUGUUUCGAACAGAUCAGCAGACAACAGGGCAGACCACCGUUCAGGGUACGUGCAGUGACCGUGGAAGAUGCUCUUCCACAAUGUGGCGAGGAGAAAAUUGGAUCAGCCCGCUUACAAAUCGUCAUCGUCUGUCCUGUAUUUCUUGAAAGAAUCCUGGCACGAUCUGGGCAGGCUGCCAUUUUGUCAAGACAAUUUACGCCUGACAAAGUUCUGGCGAUGAUGUUAGGUGUUCAUGAUGGUCACUUGACUGCAGCUCAUAAAGCAGCACUGGUUUCAUAUCCUCAGUGGAAGAAAUACUUUGUCAAGGAUCAGGAUGAGACGUUAGUAGGCAAUUUUCUUGGGGCCGCUGUAGCCAUCCUGGGUACAACUUCUUCUGUGGCUCCGAAAAGCGACAAGACUGCUUUUUCUGUUCUGCCUAAAAAAGUCAAAAUGGGACAAAACAGGGUCAUUGCUCUGUUGAAUGAUCCACUACUACCAGAAGAUAACGUUGCUGUCAUUGUUGAUCGUUGCGGUGAAGCUAUAGAUGUCAAUCAUGUUAGAAGACGUAAUCCGUAUACACUCCAGUUUUCCAUUCCUGAGAGAUGUCUUGAUGUAUCCAUGCUGGUUGGCGUGAGAAUUUCAAAAAAUGGUACUCCACUCGGUGUGAGGCAGGUCAAAUGUGAAAGCAGACUCAGGGAACUGGAUCAGAUACUCAGAGCUCAUGAUAAUCCCUUGGAGUUCAUGUGUCAGACAUUUGGAUUCAAUCCUGGCGACCGAGAGCAGCUGGAUAAUUGGAUGGUUCAUGCCUUUCAACGAAACAUACCACCACACUUUAAUCUUCUUUCUACACCAGCUGGGAUGGUGCCAGCACAUAGAAAUCACAGUAGCCCUGAAGAAAAUCCUACGUUACUACACUUCGCAGCUCGAUUCGGCCUUGAAAAGCUAGCUUGGCAACUUUUGGAGUGUCCUGGCGGUGAUCUAGCCUGUGAUCUGCGCAACGUAUCUGAACUGACCCCGGCUGAUCUUGCAGAACAGGCCGGGCAUACGAAACUCGCUCACCAGCUACGUGGCUACAUGCAAAUGAACGAGUUCACCAACAUGUACAGCUACCUCAAGGUCAUGAGUGAAUCGACCUCCGGUCCACCCGUACCAUCGGGUUACGACUGCACCACGACGCUGAACAGUCAGGAAUACGACGAGGAGUACUGCUGUCCACGGCCGUUGAGUGAGGCCUACUGUGUUCCUCCAGCAGCCAGGCCAAUUACUUUAGCUCCAUCCUCAGCAUCGUCAACGCCGAUACCAGUACAAUUACCACCACCCAAUCCAAUGGAGUCUAAUUAUUCUCGGGUGCCAACCCCGACACCCCUUAUCUUGAUGUCAGCAUCUUCAAGUGCAUAUUCUAAUGACAGUAAUAACGCGAAUGAUAGUCCGACUGCGGAUACUCGGCUUGGGAGAUAUAUGGAGAUGCAUCCUGCCGGUCUGAAGCCAUCUGGCUCGGCAGCAUCAUCUCGUCUUGGUACACCAACCCUUGGGUCUCGUUUGGAUAGUGUUGUGGAACGAGCCCGUGAAGAGAACAGUCCGACUCCAGGACUAUCCUCAAAGGCAACUAAUUUUACAAAGUCACGAGAUCAAUCAGGACCUCAGGACGAGCUUCUUGAGAUCAUUAAUGACUUCAAGAAUAACGUCUUCACUAUUACUGAGGUCGAGAGGCUUGUUGAGAAUUGGCGAAAUCGCAAUGACGUUCAACAGAACUUCAAGGAUAAACAAAGGCAGCUGAUGGCUAUGCGUGAAGAAUACGAUAGGAUACAAAAACAUAUGAAGGACGAAAUGAAGAUGCCUACUCCUUUUGAUCGGAUACGAAAAUUCUUCACGAAGGGAAAGAAAGAUUUAAAGGAAUCAGCCAAUACGAACGAGGGUUCCUCGAGCUCACCUUCGUUGUCUGCUUCAGCAAAUAAAACUGAAGGUUCUAACGGAAAUGUUUUAUCCAAUCAUCGACCAGUCAGUAGCCUCAGUCUUCACAGUGUCUCCAGCUCUUCAUCAUCCGGUCGUAUGAGUACCGUCAGUGGCUGCAGUGGCACCAGUCUAGGCGACAGUGGAACCCAUUCUGAUCCAGAGGAUAGGAAGGUUCAUAUCGAACAAAAAUUAAAUUCCAAAAUUUGUGACCAUAACAUUCCGAACGAGUACCAUUUCCGUUUCCAGAAUACUUUGCAAAAUCAACGUGAAGGUAAAAGCCACAUAAUGUCCUACGAAAUUCCACCAGCUCCUAAGCCCUUUACUGGAACAUAUUCCCCGGUCCGUCACAUGACAUCUCCAACAGAAUCAUCGACCAAUAAAAUUCGUCCACCACAGCCAAUACCCAGGCCGGACGACAGCGCCUAUUACAUAGCUUUCAGACCUUCUGGUCUUCCUGUCCAUCUUUACAAAGCUGACGGUACCAUGAGAGAACCGCAAACCCCAAACUCACCUAGUGAAGAGCCAGAGUAUUUGGAUUUGACUUCGAAUACUAAAGAUGGACCAGAUGCAGAAAGUAACGAAAAAAAUAAUAGUUAUGUUAACUUAGAUCCAACUACCGGGAAGCCAUCGAUUUCAGAACUGGUUCCAGUGACGACAGCGCCACCUGGAAUGUGUAUACCGACGAAUUACAUGAACAUAACACCAAUCCAGUCAACUGAUAAUCAUCCUAAAAAUUGCAGUGAUACGAACUUUAAUCAGCAAGAAUCUAAAACUAGCGACAAAAAUAAUUUCAAAGAUACAAUUCAAUCUUCCGAGGAAUACGUCCAAUUUGACGCAAUCAAGGACACCACGACGGAACUCGCGGAUAUUCAACAGUUUCCGGAAUAUGUGAAUGUAGCAGCGUCACGUCAAGACGACGAAUUAUUUAUAAAAAAGCAAAGAAAAAUGUUACCACCACUCCCUAUUCCACUAAGAGGUGAUGGUUUUUCGGUUCCUGUAUCCUCAUUGGAGGCUUCCGGUAACGAUGAGCCCGUUCAAGAUGUCAAGAAUUGACCCGAAAAUCCUAGUACCAUUGGAAGGAUUAGCAAUUUUGUUAAUGAUGAAUCAUAAAAUUUGUGUAUCGCCUGAAACGAAUACGCAAAAGGCUUAUACGAACUCCAGAUGGUUCGACGCAAGAAUAAUUACUGCCAUUUCCGGUAACUGUCAUAAUACCGAUUUGUAUCUCUUGACUGGGUAUUCUUACCCUUAUGUGGCAUAAAUGAACAUGCGUAAUCGAAUCUAUAUGCUCUUCCUCGAAACGCACUUACGUCACAAAUUCGCAUUCUCAAAGCACGAAUCAUGGUACAAAUAUGGAUUUACAUCCGUAUUGCAUCUGCGCGUGUAUUUUGCAACGUGCACUAUAUGUUAUAGAAAUAAUAAAAGUAAUAUGAUA